CAAAAUAAGAUGAGUAAUUAUAAAAGAUUACAGAUAAGUGAAUCCAAGUUAAAUCAUAUACUUGAAUACAAUAAAAAAUUAGCGGAACAAUUAGAAAUGCCAUGUAUAUCUGUCAGUGAAGCAUCUGAAAGUAUGAUUCGGUAUUGUAAUUCUACCAAAGAUCCAUUUUUACCAUCAAUAUGGGGUAAAUUAGAUAGUGAAGAUGAUCCUUUUGCGCCAGUAUCAAAAGGAUGUUGUAAUAUCAUUUAAAUCAUCAUAUGGGAAUUCCGUCUGUGUCCGAAUAGAAACCCAUUAUUUGAAAGCUUGAAAAUAAAGUUGAUCAUUUCAACUUCCGGCUAGUGUUCACUUUCCCAACAAAAAAAGCGGAUAGCUCACCUAUUUUAGUCAUUCUUCCACUCCCCAUCUACUAAAAUUUCCUUCCGAAUCACACUUAAAAACUUCUAAUAUAUGUAAAUCAAACCAAUGAUAAAUCUUUUUUUUUAUUUUUAUAUACUUUAUAGUAAUAAUGAUGAUCACAUGUAUUCAUUCCGAACCACGGCAACUAUUUUUUUUUUUUUUU